AUGGAGCCAGAUAUUUCUGACCCAGUUGACUGGUCAGUGAAUGAGGUUGUGAGCUUUCUUUGUGGCCCAAGACCUGCACCAUGGGCGCAAUCAUCAAGUGCCCCACGACCCGAUCCAACUACUCUUGAAGCUGCUCUUCGCGAUAAUGAAAUAUGCGGAGAAGUGCUUAUGCAUGUUGAUAACGAUGGUCUGAAGGAGAUUGGCGUGAAAGCAUAUGGCCAUCGUAUCAUGCUGAUGAAAGCAAUUCAAUGGCUGCAGGAAAAGUCGUUCAAGUAUAGCUCAACUCGUAGGAUCACUUCCAAUGAGCUAGUUAUGUCGAGACCUUCUUCUCCAUACCCACAUGAUGCUACCCCCGUUUCUGCUGUGAUGAACCCCAACCCUGCAAGCGUGACCUCCCAAGGAGGUCCUGCUAUCCAAGCAGUCUCGAAACCAAAACGGAGGAUUGCGCCGAUACUUGUGCAAGACCAAACCUCUCAAGCCUUGGCAAGUCAAAAGCCAACAGAUGGCGCCUUGACCCCAUCACAAGCAGCUUUUCCACCCCAGCAGGAGAUCUGUACGAAUAUUGCAAACAUACAAUCAAACCAGAUCUCUAUUGGUGGCUUAGCCGGAAACAAUCAUGAGGGUCUGUCACGGACUGAAAAAGAGGAGAAUUUUCUCUCCUACUUGCAGGAGAAAUACGCGAAAGAUGAUGACGACAUACUUCCUAAAUACGGAGACUCGAAUUCAGAAGCGGAGUUUGACCAGGACACUUGGAAAGAGAUACUUGAAGAAAAUCCGGAUCUCAUAGCGGCCCCCGGACUUCCUCGAGAAAAGUGUGAGGCCAUUUUGGCGCAGUAUAUCGCGGAACAAGAAGAAUUGUGGGUUAAAGAAGAGCUUCCAAAGUUGCUGCCAGAAGCAGAACCAAUGUGGCAUUACUUUCGAGAUUGCGGCAAGCUUCAAGAAAAGAAACUCAGCCUUUCCAGCCGCAUUGAGCAUCUUGAGAGCCGCCUGAGAAGCGUUAAACAGGCAAUCAUGGAUGUGUCCUACAGGUCAACGUCGACUUUACGACGGGCAUGUCGAGCCAUAGAUUUGACGAUCUGGGAUAAAUGUUCCGAAAAUUGGUGGUUGAAUACCCUUGACCUGGAUAUUUGCCCUCCACCUGCCCCACGCCCAACAAAGAUUUCCAAACCUCGCAAGGAACGUGAUGUGGAGUCGGUAUCAGCAAAAGAGGGAGAAGAUAACACACUUACUUCUGAUGCGGAAUCACAUUCUGGAGAGUCAAUCGAGGAAAAAGUCGAUCUUGAACAAUCCACCGAUGAAGACGAACUGGACUUGGAAAGCCCUUUGUCUGUUAAAGUGGAUGAUUUAGACACUGGAGUUCCGUCAAAGACACCUCGCGCCCAAGGGAUGCCUCUCAGCUUAGAAUCUUCUCCCUCUUCUGAUGACAGCCCGCCUAAACCCCCUAGUAAGCGACGCCGUGUUCAAGACAUGCCCAGAACGUGGAAGGGCAAUGACAGACUGGAUACUCGUGGUUCUUUUUAUGAAGAUGACGACGAAGACAUUGAGUUAGUUGAUCUAACCAACGUUGCCGAUCAAACCGAUCAUUCCAUAGACAGCAUAAUCAAGACUCCUUCCCUCAAUCCAACUUCGUCGCGACAGGAUCUUGCCACACAGAGUGUAAUCAAGACUCUCCCUCUCAACCCAAAUGAUCUUGAUAUUGCUGAAUUGGAUGACAAGCAUCUGCUCCAGAGCCAAGAUGACCCCAACUUCUCGAGGCCACGGCCUCCCAAUGUUGGCACUGCCCUGCCCUUGAAGACUUCCAGUGGGGACUCCUUCCCUGUGUCGUUUGACGACGAAAGCGACCCAACCCAACUACUUCCACCAUCGACUCCGCUACCAGACGACAAGAUAUCAGUUGAUACUGAUGAUGCCUAUCUUUUUGAAAUGGUCAAGGGAAUGAGCAUGUCAUCCAUCGAGGCCAAAAAGGAUCGUAUUCAAUUGUUGGCAAAGAUUGUCAUGCAAUUGACAUCAGCCGAAUACCAAGGAUUUCCGGCCUAUUUGGACACGUGGUUACGCUCACUCUAUCGAGAGAAAAUACAGGAAGCUAUCAGAACGAUGAUGGACAACGAACGAAAUAUUCCUGGAGUCGAUCAUGAUGAGAGUAAGCUUUCGAUGCGCCUUAGCGCUUUGUUUGUGUCCUGGUACCACUGUAUCAGCGUCAAUUCAGAUGGACUCGAGCCAAUGCGACUCGAGCAGGCGCUCAGUGUGAUCGAGGAUGAAGAUGACAAGGGAUCAUUGCAAGUCUUUCUUGACAAGUUUGAAUCACUUAUCAAUACAUACAACCGUUUGCAUCCCGAGAAGUCGCGAAAUAAGUCAUCAAGCACCUCGAUGGUGAAUACUACGAGCCCACCCACGGAGCAGCAUUCUAAACAGAAUCUGAAAAGUAAAAAGCCCUAUGUGCCGAACGCACCCAUCGGUGUGCAAAAGCGUGCACAGGAACGAAAGGAAACGCAGGACCGAGCUAGAGAGGCUUUCAGGCAAGAGAGAGAAAACAAAGGCUUGGGCAACAGUGAUCCGGCUGGACAUGCGGUCACCUUCAAGGACCCUGUUGUCUAUCUCAAUCCGGCGCUUGGUGAAUUCAUCAAACCACACCAACUGAAUGGAAUUCAAUUCAUGUGGCGAGAACUCUGUGACAGCGAAAAACCACAAGGAUGCUUGCUUGCACAUAUUAUGGGACUAGGCAAGACCCUGCAGGUAAUAUCUCUUUUAGUGACGAUUGCCGAAGCCGCUGCUUCAGAAACCCCCGAAAUUAGAGCUCAAGUUCCCGAAAGAUUCCACCGAUCUCAGACUCUAAUUCUUUGCCCAUCAUUCCUGGUUCCAAACUGGAUAAAAGAAUUUCAUUGCUGGGUGCCACAACAUCAUCACCUUGGAAAUAUUUUUCAGAUCGCGGCCAGUACCAGCCCACAAGAUCGCGAGGAAAGAACGGCGGAGAGAAUGGCCACCAUUCAAACUUGGGAAGAGAAGGGAGGCAUCAUUAUCAUGAGUUACGAAAUGUUUCGCUCGUUCAUCAAAAAUGAUAAGAACCGCCUUAGUGAUGAGCAGCAUAAGACUGUCCAAGAUGCUCUGUUAUGCAAGCCUAAUAUCGUUGUUGCUGAUGAAGCGCACAAGUUGAAGUCAGAAAAAUCCUCCAUCAGCCAAGCGAGUUCUCGUUUCACAACUAUGAGUCGAAUCGCCAUGACGGGAUCGCCUCUUGCAAACAAUCUAUCCGAAUAUUACCAAAUGAUUGAAUGGGUCGCACCGGGGUAUUUGGAGUCAAUGCAGGUCUUCAAGGAAAAGUACAUGGAACCUAUCCAGGAAGGUCUGUAUAUCGAUAGCACUCAGGCACAGCGGAGAGCAAGCCUUGUCGCGCUGCAAGUGCUCAAUGGAAUCUUAGAGCCCAAAAUUCAGCGUGCAGAUCAUUCACUGAUUGCAGCCGAUUUGCCCUCCAAAACAGAGCUUGUUGUACGCAUCACUCUCUCGGAAACACAACGAGUCGCAUACAAUAUUUUCAUUGACGAAAUCAAUAAGACGGGCAAUUUUUCCAGAAUUUGGCAAUGGCUGGCCAUCAUGCAGCUCUGCUGCAACCAUCCAAAACCAUUUCUGGAGAAACUUCAAGAUCGAUCGAAUUUGAAGCAGACAGAAUCGCCCGACCCAUCCAUCUUAGAUGGUGACGCUCAUCUCCCCUCCAACCUGCUUUCAAGAAUCGAGGCACUGUUUGAAAGGGUCACCGAUAUCUUGGACCCCUGCUUGUCUAACCGAGCUUUGCUGCUCGACAAGAUUCUGGACAUGUCAAACAGAAUUGGCGACAAGGUCCUGGUUUUCUCUCAGAGUAUCCCAACACUAAACUACCUCGACAGCUUAUUCAAACGAGGGGGCCGAAACUACAAGCGUAUCGACGGAAAGGUUAUGCCCCAACAACGCCAAGAUAUUGUGAAUUUAUUCAAUGAUGCCGACAAUGUAGAUAUUUUGCUCAUUUCUACUCGGGCUGGUGGACUAGGCUUGAACAUUCAUGGAGCAAACCGUGUAGUCAUCUUCGACUUUUUGUUCAAUCCAGCCUGGGAGGACCAAGCUAUCGGGCGUGCAUAUCGCAUUGGCCAGACCAAACCCGUCUAUGUCUACCGCUUUAUUGCAUCAGGAACCUUCGAGGAAAUCAUUUUCAAUAAGACUGUUUUCAAGUCGCAGCUCACAGUCCGCGUGGUUGACAAGAAAAACACGGUCCGUGAGGGCUUCAAGCAGGAGUCUAAAGACUAUCUGUUUCCUGUCAAACAUGCAGUGAAGAAACCAUUGGAUCAUCUUUUCGGCAAGGACCCUGGUGUGCUUGACAAGAUCAUUGCUGACGGCGGUUUCGCUGACACCAUUCUGGAUGUGACCCUUUCCAAAGCCCAAGACGAUGAGAAUGACAAAUUGUCGACAGAGGAACGCAAACGUGUUCAAGAUGAGUUGAGUCUAGAACAGCUCAAACGCAGCGAUCUAGAGGCAUGGGAGAAGGAAGUACUCAAGCGUACCAUAGCCCGGCAAGCUGCAGACGAAGCAGCUCGGCAUCGGUUACGGAUCUACCAGCAAAAGGACCAGCAGAACCGAUUUCCUUCAAAACCAACCGUACCUCGGACUAAUCGCCAGCAACCUCCCCAGCAGCAUGUUCCAUUGAAUUCUGUCGGGCCUCAGGACGACUGUGAAAAAUCAUACUGGCCAAUUCCCCAACAGCCGCCGAAUCCGUUGAAUUCUUUCCCACGUCAGGAUAACCGCCAAAAACAACCCGAUGGAGAGGAUAUGACACAGGAAAGCUUAGCGAAUAUCCACAGACCACAGGUUUCCGGCCCGUCAAACCGGCCCUCUAUGCCAGGAAAUCCAUCUGAAUCUACGACACACAAACCACCAACUACUGCCGCGCAUGUCGGAUACUCGAUGCUAUCGACUUCUGGACCACAGAUGGGUGUAUCACCACUCCCAGGUGCUUUAUUCCCUUCCGCGGCGCCCCCAAGUUCUACUCAAAGUUCAACCUAUUCGCGACCGCGACCGAUACCAUGGACGGGGCCAGUACCUUCACGCGGCGAGCAAAGCUUUCCCAUGUAUGAUGCCCCUUCCCCUUCCACCAGAGCCGACUCCUUUUCUCCUCACCAAUACGCUCUACCUCGACCAUCUAUUUUCUCCGGUCCAUCGAGGGCCAAAUCAGCGGAGGGUAAUAUCGAAGCUGUGGCCUCUGUGCCACUUGAGUCUUCCGUACUCAAAGAUGACCAGCCUCCCACCCAGACCGAGCCAGGAAAUUAA